AAACAAGCUCUCUCUCUCUCUCUCUCUAUUUGAUCAACUCCUCUCCAACACUAGUGGACAAUGACAGACACAAACUUAGCACUGACAUUGUUCCAACAAAAGGAUCUACGUUUGGUUGAGACGCCAAUACCGGAGCCUCGAGAAGGAGAGGUUCAGUUGAGCGUCCGUUCAGUUGGUAUUUGUGGUUCAGACAUCAGUUACUGGCAACAUGGUCGGAUCGGAAAACAAGUGGUUACAAAUCCAAAGAUCAUGGGACACGAACCCAGCGCUGUAGUUAGCAAGUUAGGACCGGGUGUGACAAGAUUCAAAGUAGGAGAUCGUGUUGCAGUCGAGCCAUUAAAUCCUUGUGGUAAGUGCAGCCUGUGUAAAGCAGGUCACUACAACGUCUGUGUUGAUCUCAAGUAUUUGUCUACGCCACCAACCAAUGGAUGUCUUUGUAGAUAUUUCUGUCAUCCUGCCAGUUUUGUCCACAGACUCCCAGACGAUGUCAGUUUUGAUGAAGGCGCUCUAGUCCAGCCUCUGGCCGUUGCAUUACACGCAUGUGAGAGAGGGGAGAUUACCAUUGGCAAUUACGUCUUCGUGGCAGGAGCUGGUCCGAUGGGGUUGAUGGCUGUGUUGGUCGCCAAAGCUCGUGGUGCUUCUAAAGUCUGUGUCUCAGAUGUGGUUCAGUCCAGGCUAGACUUCAUCAAAACUAUAGGUGCUGAUGAGACGGUCCUCGUGGGAAUGGAAGAGGACCCAAAAGUGACGUCACAGAGGGUGAUAGAAGCUCUCGGCCAAGAAGUGCAUGUAGCCAUCGAGUGUAGUGGCCAACAGAACGCCGUCAGCACAGCCAUCUACUGCACACGGCCUACUGGUAAGGUGGUCCUAGUUGGAUUGGGAAAAGAUACAGUGGAAGUACCACUGGUCAGCGCUAUCCUCAAGCAGUUGGACAUUUUGGGCAUGGUACGCUUCUCUAACAACUACGAUACUGCGAUUGAAGCCAUUUCUUCUGGGAAGAUAAAUGUGAAACGGCUGAUCACUCACCGCUACUCACUGAACGAGGCAGUGGCGGCUUUUAAUGCUGCGUUGAACAGAGAAGGCGCCAAGAUUAUCAUUGACUGCAACAAGGCGACAGAUUAACAGUAGGAAUAUAAGAUAAUCAUUGAAUGCAACAAGGCUGAAUUAUCAGUGUUUAAAUCUCUAGUUAACAUUAGCUACCAGUUCAACACGUCUACAUGCUUAGCAAGCCUAUGUAUUAAACAUUUUUUGAAGGAAUGCCAGUAAUUCAUAAGUUCAAAGUAAUUCGCUAAAAAUGUUUUUUUUUAUGUCCUUUUUUUUAACUGGAAAUCUUGACAAGAUUAUUCCCUUCAAGUGAACCGAAUUUUCUAAAUGGUUUUAUUCUUAUCACUUUCUUUAAGAACAUUCACACAUGAAACAAACUAUCAUAACUGAAUCAAAGAAACAUUAUUUAUUAAAAAAAAUCAUUGAUACCAACGUUUUAAAUUGUGUAUUUACACGGUUACAUAUUCAAGAAAUUUCUCUAUGUAAAAGAAAUUUUCAUUCACAAAUAAAAUAUGUUAUUAUUUUAGUUGUAGCUUUUUUAUUUUUCUGACAAUGAGGUUGAACUUAAAAAACAAACACCAAAUAGACCUACAUUGUUCUCUCUACUUAAUCUUAUUCUAUUGCAUCUUAUUUCUACUUCAUCUUAUUUCUAUUUCAUCUUAUUUAUAAUUCACCUUAUUUGUAUUUCUACCUCGUCCUAUUAUUACUUCGUCUUAUUGAGUUGAAAAUUUAACAAUUAAAGUAGACAGUCAAUAAGAAAUAAGUUUUGUUGUUGUAUUAAUCGUCAGCUUUUCCCUUUUAUUAAAAAAGAACUCAAAGGCUUUAGUUCAUUUUGAAACAAGAUUUCUGUGCCAUUUGAUGUUAGAAAAGAAGUAGGUUAAGUCCACUUGGUGGUAGACGGACAUUGUGAUUCACAGGAAGUUGUGGUCCGGAUUUUCAAAAACUCCAAAACGUGUCCAGCUACGUCAAUGGAACAAAUUAAAAUAAGAAAAAAAAAAUUCAACUUUCUAAUAAACUGUUAGCAAAGAUCAACAGUCAUACUAUUAACCUCAAAAGCUUUUUUUUUAAAUACAAAUCCUCACUGCUCAAUUUUGUAAUUACGAAUGAACAGCUAUGUGCUAAAACAAUGAAUGAUGCAAACAUGUUACAUUAAACAGUGGCAGCAUUAGGUAUAAUAAUUUUAAGGAGAGAAAAUUGUAAAUUAAAUAUGGUAAAAUAAUGAGUAGUUCUAAACUCAGGCCCUGUGACUCCUCCAAAUCCAUCUAGCAACUACCCUAACAAGGCCAAUAGACCACACAACCAACCAUAUUGUUGAACUCUUAAAAGCAGAAGUGCAGGACUGCGACCUCUGAACUGUCCUGUGGUAUGUUCAACUUGUACAUAGUUACCAGGGGGAGCAGAGUGUCUCAGGUUUGUGCUCUGGUCAGGCCUGUCCAUUAUUUUGUCCCAUUUCAUUCAGCAUUUUCUCUCAUUUAACUAUUUUACUUAAUGCUAUCAUUAUGUAUGUAUCAGAAUUAUAUUUAAUGCUUUUUUUUGGUAAUCAUAUCAAACCUCAAACUUAGCUCAUAAAGAUGUUUGUCUUUACCAAUUUUAAAUUUUACUUGUUCUUCAUAAGAGAGUUUCAGUGUGUAGCUUUCAAAUGC